UUUUUUACGGCCGGAGUAGGUUGGGAACGGGAGGUAGUGGCUGUGCUUGCCAGUGCUGGGAAGAUGGCGCCGCCGGUGACGGAACGGGGGCUGAAGAGCGUCGUGUGGCAGAAGAUAAAAGCAGCAGUGUUUGAUGACUGCAAGAAAGAAGGCGAAUGGAAGAUAAUGCUCUUAGAUGAAUUUACCACUAAGCUUUUGGCAUCGUGUUGCAAAAUGACAGAUCUUUUAGCAGAGGGUAUCACUGUGGUGGAGAACAUUUAUAAGAAUCGUGAACCUGUGAGACAAAUGAAAGCUCUUUAUUUUAUCUCUCCAACAUCAAAGUCUGUAGAUUGUUUUUUACGUGAUUUUGCAAGUAAGUCGGAAAACAGAUAUAAAGCAGCGUAUAUAUAUUUCACUGACUUUUGCCCUGACAGUCUUUUUAACAAAAUUAAGGCUUCUUGCUCCAAGUCAAUAAGAAGAUGUAAAGAAAUAAAUAUUUCUUUCAUUCCACUUGAAUCUCAGGUGUAUACUCUUGAUGUACCAGAUGCAUUCUAUUACUGUUACAGUCCAGACCCUGAUAAUGCAAACAGAAAAGAUGACAUUAUGGAAACGAUGGCUGAGCAGAUAGUUACAGUGUGUGCCACCCUGGAUGAAAAUCCUGGAGUAAGAUAUAAAAGCAAACCUUUAGAUAAUGCCAAUAAGCUUGCACAGCUUGUUGAAAAAAAACUUGAAAACUACUACAAGAUUGAUGAAAAGAGCCAAAUAAAGGGUAAAACUCAUUCCCAGCUCUUAAUAAUUGAUCGUGGCUUUGAUCCUGUGUCCACUGUCCUGCAUGAACUGACCUUUCAGGCAAUGGCAUAUGAUCUACUACCGAUUGAGAAUGAUACAUACAAAUAUAAAACCGACGGGAAAGAAAAAGAGGCAGUCCUGGAGGAAGAUGACGACCUCUGGGUCAGAAUUAGACAUCGGCACAUUGCGGUAGUGCUAGAGGAAAUUCCCAAGCUUAUGAAAGAAAUUUCAUCAACAAAGAAAGCAACGGAAGGAAAGACAUCACUUAGUGCUCUUGCCCAACUAAUGAAAAAGAUGCCCCAUUUCCGUAAACAGAUUACUAAGCAAGUUGUCCAUCUUAACUUAGCAGAAGACUGCAUGAGUAAAUUCAAGCCUAAUAUAGAAAAGCUCUGCAAAACUGAACAGGACCUGGCACUUGGAACUGAUGUAGAAGGACAGAAAGUGAAAGAUUCUAUGCGCGUACUCCUUCCAGUUCUACUCAACAAAAAUCAUGAUAAUUAUGACAAAAUAAGAGCAAUUCUACUUUAUAUCUUCGGUAUUAAUGGAACGACGGAAGAAAAUUUGGACAGGUUGGUCCAGAAUGUAAAGAUAGAAAAUGAGAGUGAUAUGAUUCGUAACUGGAGUUACCUUGGUGUUCCCAUUGUCCCCCAAUCCCAACAGGCCAGACCAUCAAGAAAGGAUCGAUCUGCAGAAGAAACUUUUCAGCUUUCUCGAUGGACACCAUUUAUCAAAGAUAUUAUGGAGGAUGCCAUUGAUAACAGAUUAGAUUCCAGAGAAUGGCCAUAUUGUUCCCAGUGUCCAGCAGUAUGGAAUGGCUCUGGAGCUGUGAGUGCUCGCCAGAAACCCAGAGCUCAUUAUUUAGAGGACCGAAAAAAUGGGUCAAAGCUGAUUAUAUUUGUAAUUGGAGGAAUUACAUAUUCUGAAAUGCGCUGCGCCUAUGAAGUUUCUCAGGCACAUAAAUCCUGUGAAGUAAUUAUUGGUUCUACGCAUAUUUUAACACCCAAAAAGCUGUUGGAUGAUAUAAAGAUGCUGAAUAAAUCCAAGGAUAAAAUCGCCUUUAUUAAGGAUGAAUAAGUUUUUUGUUUCUUUAUUGGAGGAUUCUCAUUAAUAUGUUCAAUUAAAAUAGAUAAAGAAAUGUUGCUAUCAUAUAAUUUAAAUAAUGUAAAUAUUUUUAUGGAAAGAUAACUUUCUAAAAAUAUUUCUGAAGGGAGUGUUUAUGACUACCUGUCAUUGGGUUUGUCAGUUUAAAUAUUGCUGCUUGGUAGACGGUGAGAAGAAAUGUUAAAAUGCCUUCUAAAAGAAAAUCUUUUACCUUUAGAGCAGACUCUAGUAGAAUUGGGUAAUUUUCACAGCCACCUAUGUACAUACUAAUUACUUGUUACUUAUCUAAGUGUCCUAUGCCGAAGAAUACUGUUUUGAAAAAGAAUGAUUUUAAAUGAAGAGAUUGCAAAAGUUAAAAUUGUAAAUGUGUAUGUAUGAUAGAUUUCUAUAAAUACAGUUCUCUUUCAACUGAAAUUAUUUCUUUUAUGUAUAAAAUAAUUCGUUGUCAAUAAUAGAAAUAAAGUGGUAGUUACUAGUUACUAGCUAGGUAACUUCUCCAGAACACAAUUUUAUACAGUUUUGAAAUCAUGAAUGUUUAAAUUAGGAAACAGAAUAAUCAUGAACAUUCUAAGAGAAAAUAAAUAUAUAAUUGCAAAAAUUA